AUGUCACUUUCUGCUGCCGCGUGGACGUCACGAGGAGAGAAACCCUUCAGGUGCAUUCUGUGCGGGAAAUCCUUUGCAAAGUCACAUAAUCUUGUAAUACAUCAGAGAACACACACGGGAGUGAAACCUUUCAGGUGCACAAUUUGCGGGAAGGCGUUUGCACAAGCAUCUGUUGUUCAGACCCACCAGAGAAUACACACAGGAGAGAAACCCUUCAAGUGCACUGUGUGUGGGAAGGCAUUUUCACUGUCAUCUUCUUUUAAAAAACACCAGAGAACACACACAGGAGAGAAACCCUUCAAGUGCACUGUGUGUAGCAUGGCAUUUUCACAGUCAUUUGCUCUUAAAAAACAUCAGAGAACACACACAGGAGAGAAACCCUUCAGGUGUUUUCUGUGCGGGAAGGCGUUUACACGGUCAGAACAUCUUCAAAGACACGAGAGAACGCACACGGGAGAGAAACGCUUCAAGUGCAGUGUGUGUGGGAAAGCGUUUGCACAUUCAUCUACUCUUGUAAGACACCAGAGAAUACACACGGGAGAGAAACCCUUUAAGUGCAGUGUGUGUGCGAAGGCAUUUUCACAUCUUGAAAAUCACCAGAGAACACACACAGGAGAGAAACCCUUCAGGUGCUUUCUGUGCGGGAAAACGUUUGCAAAGUCACAAACUCUUCAAAGACACCAGAGAACACACACGGGAGAGAAACCCUUCAAGUGCAGUGUGUGUGGGAAGGCAUUUUCACAGUCACAUAAUCUUGUAAUACACCAGAGAACACACACUGGAGUGAAACCUUUCAGGUGCACGAUUUGCGGGAAGGCGUUUGCACAAGCAUCCGUUGUUCAGGCCCACCAGAGAACACACACAGGAGAGAAACCCUUCAAGUGCACUGUGUGUGGGAAGGCAUUUUGUCAGUCAUCUACUCUUAAAAAUCAUCAGAGAACACACACAGGAGAGAAACUCUUCAAGUGCACUGUGUGUAGCAAGGCAUUUUCACAGUCACCUGCUCUUAAAAAUCACCAGAGAACACACACGGGAGAGAAACCCUUCAGGUGCUUUCUUUGCGGUAAGGCGUUUACACGGUCAGAACAUCUUCAAAGACACGAGAGAACGCACACGGGAGAGAAACCCUUCAGGUGCACUUGGCGGGAAGGCGUUUGCACGGUCAUCAAAUCUUCAACGACACCAGAGAACGCACAAGCAUCAGAAGAUCUGCAAGGAGUGGAGUCUGAAAUCAGCUUGUGAAAGUCAAAGUGCUGCAAUGAGCCCAUCCCUCAUCAAACAAUAACUGGAGGAAAAUCCCAGCUUGGACACUUAAAGGUAUCGAGGUGAAAUGUGAAGAGGUGAUGGUGAAGAGCAAAGAAGUGAUGGUGAAGAGUGAAGAAGUGAUGGUAAAAUGUGAAGAUGAAGAUUAUACUGCAAAAUGGGACCUUCACAUUGAUGGAGGCAACGUGAAGCAGGAUGAGAAUUCUGACUGUGAGGCAGAGUGAGGCAACUCCCAGCAGUUUGUGGAGGUGGAGGUGUGGGUGGACUUCUUAGAAAACACAAAGUCAAGGUGAGACCCGGUAGAUGUGUCAGCUUGAGACGUCGCUCCAAUAGAUGCUCCUUUGUCACGGGCCUUUAAUGAAAAUAAUGUGAAGUUGAACACUCAGUUCCUGGGUUCAACCUGCAGAGUAAGAGUGAGCGGCCAGUCUUUGUGUUCCCUGUGGGUUGGGUAGAUCCCUGUGUUACGAUCUAAACUUCCUGAUCUACUAUUAUUUUUGCUACCAACAUGACUUUACUGAAAGAACCAAAGAGUAUGUGAACAAGAGCCUGUCAGUAGGGGGGCGACGAUGUUUCAUGUCAGUUGUGUAAUUUGUCGGUAAUGUUGAGAAUUUGCUACAUUUUGACUCAAGACGCAAGCAUGCAAUGGCCUACUGGUUUUGAAUGACACAAUAGUAUGUUUUACAUCCACUGUUAAGCAGACGGUGCAUAAUUAUUUGAAAUAGCUUAACCUGGUGCAGUAUAUUUCACUGCAGUAAUUAAAUUUUGUUAAAAUGGAAAAUGUCUGUCAAUGAUUUAGAAUGAACACUGAUUUUGUGUACAUGCAACAUUUUAUUUAUGAGGGUCAAACAUUGAAUAAGUGAUGUUAGGACAAAGUUUGUGUUUUUGGAAGUAACCUGUACAGAUCACUCAGGUGAGACCCGUUGUUCUUGUGAUACAGGUCACAUGCCCGUU